ACAUACUGCAGCAGGGCACUACGAGCUCGCGCCUGCGCCACCGGGCCUUCCUGCGCUGGUCGUGGAGAAGAAGCGGCGGCGAAUGGAGGGAGAACGCGAGGAGUGGGAGCCGCUGUGGAGCGCGCGGGGCAGCCCAGCCACCUCGUCGGCGGGCUCACUGGCGGACGAGCUGGACGAGCAGCGGAGCCCGACCACCUGCGGCGGGAGCACGGUGGUGUUCGUCGCGGUGCCGGAAGAGGUCGGCGACGGGAGGAGCACGCUGCUGUGGGCGCUGCACAACUUGGUCAGGGACGGUUCCAAGGUCGUGAUCGCUCAUGUCCACAGCCCUGCUGCACAACUGAAGGAUCAAUACAGCAUUAAACCAGAAGAAAUCAAGGAGUACAGGAAGCUGAAGCGAGCAAAGGCAGAGAAGAACCUAGAUGCGUAUGUUCUGAUAGCAAAAUGCACAAGGGAAGAUAUAGAGGUUGGUUGUGAGAAAGUAACAAUUGAGACGGAUAAUGUUGCUAAAGGACUAGAGGAACUCGUCACCCUUCAUAACAUAACCGAGCUUGUAAUGGGAGCAGCUGCAGAUCGACACUUCUCAAAAGAAAUGAACACACCAAAGUCAAUGACAGCACUCAGGCUUACGGAGACAGCUGCUCCAUGGUGCAAGAUAUGGUUUACUUGUAAAGGGCAUUUGAUAUGUACCAGGGAAGCAACUCAAGACCUUCCUGUCAUACCUCCAUCACCUGCAAAAAAUGCACCAGAGGCACCAACGACAUACAACAUUUCAAGUCAAAUGGGAUCAAUGGAACUCACUGAGUUGGAAUACGAAGUAUCAAGCUCCAAAGGAUACACUUCAAGCUCAUUGGUUGCAACAGAAAUGACGGAUUGGGAUUAUCUUUUCGGAGACUGGGGGAUGAUAGUGUAUGGAUCAUCAAGAAUUGAUGAUGAUGCUAAUUUCUCCGGAACUGCUACUCUACCUCCAAUUAUUGGAGACACAAAUGAACUAAUGCCAGUGGUGCAUUCUCCUACACAAGAAUCUGAUAAUGUCUACUUGCUGCUAACUUUUGCUGAUGGUAUCUCACAGGAAGACCAACCCAGUGUAGAUGAAGAAAUGUACGAGAAACUUCAAGAUCUGUGUAUUGAAGCUAAGCUGCUGAAGGAUCAAGCUGAUGAUGAAUCUAAAAAAAUACGCAAAACUGAAAUGGACCUGCAUUCAGCACUUCAAAGAAUUAAAGAAUCAGAAGAUUCAUAUCUUCAAGAGGUGAGCCAGCGAAAAGAAAUUGAGAAGACUCUUGCUAGACAGAGGCUGCAGAUUGACAAAAUGAGAAGAAAACAAUGCACAUUAUCUGAUGAAUUACAGGAUUCAAAGAAGCAUAACCUUAUGCUUGAACAACGUAUAACACAAAUUAAGUCUGCUGCAAAAGAUCACAUUGAAGAAAUUACCAAUUAUUUUAUGAAACAAUCAUGUGAAGAAUCUAAGAAACGCCAAAAGAUCAAAAUGGAUCUGCUUUCGACACUUCAGAGAGUUAAAGAGAUGGAGAGUUUGCUCCAAAACGAGAAGGCACAGAGGGAAUACAUGGAGGAGAAGAUAGCAAAACAGAGGACAGAGAUUGAAGAAACAAAGAGGCAACGAGAUCAACUGUAUUACGACUUACAAGAUGUAAAAGAGCAGCGGCUCAGACUGCAACAAGUGGAUGCGUCUGAAGAAACUAACAGAAGAAGAAAAGCCGAAAAGGAUCUACUCUCAUAUCUUCAAAGGAUUAAAGACCUGGAGCAUCAGCAUGUACAUCAGUUGAAAGAAAAGGAAAGAAUGGAGGAGACAAUGACAAGGCAGAAGGAAGAAAUACAAGCAGCAAAAAGAAAGCUACAUGAGAUUCAUAGCAAACAUAUGACUGAGAUCAAGUCUGCUGUGAACGUUCAUGAAGAAAAGCUUGCAAACAGCAAACAGCUUCUCCAAGAGCUCCAAGCAAAGAAUGAAAAUUUACUCCAUGAGAGAGACGCUGCAGUGACAGAAGCCAAAGAGUUACACCAAAAGAACAAGCAAAGAGCCUCAAUGAUAACUGAAACUCCGGACACUGAGUUCUCAUUUGCCGAGCUGCAGAAAGCAACCGACGGAUUUGAUGAAGAACUUAAGAUUCGUGAAGAUGAAUUUGCAAGGAUCUAUAAAGGUUUCAUCCGCAACACAAAUGUAGCAAUAAAGUUGUUCCAUCCACGAAGCUUGAAAGGACAAGCAAAGUUUUAUCAAGAGGUUGCUGUCCUCAGUAGAGUCAGGCAUCCUAAUCUCAUAACACUGAUAGGAGCAUGCCCAGAUGACUUCGCGCUAGUGUACGAAUUCCUCCCAAAUGGUAGCCUCGAGGACUGGCUUUUAUGCAAGAAAAACAUGCCACCUCUGACAUGGAAGGUGCGCACAAGGAUCAUUGGGGAGAUAUGCUCAGCGUUGGCUUUCAUCCACUCACACAAGCCUUAUCCAAUUGUUCACGGUGAUUUAAAUCUGGGGAAUAUUCUCAUUGAUGCCAACUUCGUCAGCAAGCUGGGAGACUUGGGGAUCUGCCACCUCCACAGACAACCUGACUUGCCAACCAACAAUCUUCAACGUCACCCUACAAAGAACCAUAAAGGGACACCUUGUUAUAUGGACAAUGGUGAAUUCAUGAAAGCUAGGGAGCUCAUGCUGUGGUCCGAUGUGAACUCAUUCGGCAUUAUCAUACUUCGCUUACUGACGGGGAGAUCACAGCAACAGAUCGGUGAAAUUGUGGAAGAAGCAAUGGAGAAAGGAAACCUGCAUUCUAUCAUUGAUGCCUCCGCAGGGGACUGGCCAUUUACACAGGCAAACAAGAUGGCACAUCUUGGGCUUAGAUGCAUCAACUUGAGCUGGGGACGCCAGCCAGAACUCGCCGGGGAAGUAUGGGUGGUGGUCGACCAACUGAUGAAAGCCACUUGCCUGACCACUGGGUCAUCCCAAUUUGCAUCACCCUCUGAUGCCACACCUCCAUCACACUUCAUCUGUCCAAUUUUUCAGGAGGUUAUGAGUGACCCCCACAUGGCGGAAGAUGGGUUCACAUACGAAGCCGAAGCAAUCAGGGGAUGGCUUGACGGAGCUGACACAUCGCCCAUGACAAACCUGAGACUUGCAAGCCGCAAGCUCACCCCAAACAAGGCGCUCCGUUCUGCGAUUCUCGAGUGGCAACAGCAACAGCAGCAGCACCAGAGAUGAUGCAGUCAAUGGAUGCGGAUGCAGCAGUUCAUGCCAGAUGCUUCAUCCAGCUGCGAAUAGUGUGUAUACUGUAUAGGGUUUUCAUGGGUUUUAGUAUGCAGAUUGGUGUAAGAAAAGGGGAACCACUAACCAGUUGAACACUGGUUUUACAAAUCUUACUAUAAAAAUCUGUG